GGCUGGGUGUUGCAGGGGUGGGGAAACAGUGUUGAUGUGGCUGCAAUCAGCUGGUAUUUAAAAACCACACCCUGGAGCCGGAGUGAGGUUAGUUCUUACCCAGGGGUUGAGCAGGCAGAUUGUUCUGUAGACAAAAUGGCAGAAGUUCACGAUAUCUUAUCUCAAGUGUGCCUGGGCACUGAUGAUCUUUCUGAUGGAGCUACAGUGAAACCAUCUGUUAAUUUCAAUGCAGAAAAUGAAGCUAUAGAACUGGAACGCGCUAUUAAAGUCAAAGGUGUGGAUGAGCAUUCUGUCAUCGAUGUGUUGACAAAGUGUAGCAAUGCGCAACGACAGGACAUUGCCUUUUGCUACGAAAGGAGAACGAAGCAGAAACUGGAGGAUAAACUGCGCUCUGCUGUCUCUGAGCCUCUGCGAUCUGUCAUCCUGGGGCUGCUGAAGACUCCAGCCAAAUACGAUGCCUCUGAAAUGCGAGGUGCCAUUAAGGGUUUGGGAACCAAUGAAGCCAGUCUGAUUGAGAUCCUGUGCUCUCGCACAAACAAGGAAAUCCAGAAUAUGGCUCUGGCCUACCAAGAGUUGUACAAGAAAGAUAUGAUUAAGGACAUCAAGGAGGAUACUUCUGGAGAUUUCUGCAAGCUUCUUUGUGUCCUAGCAAAGGGAAACCGUCCAGAGCCCUCCAACGUGGUCGAUAAUGAGCAGAUUGAUGAGGAUGCACGGGCCCUCUAUGAAGCUGGAGUGAAGAACCGUGGGACCGAUGUGAAAACAUGGAUCUCUAUAAUGACUGAGAGGAGCAUUCCUCACCUGCAGAGAGUUUUUGGCCGAUAUAAAACCUACAGCUGCUAUGAUAUGUUGGAAAGCGUUGAUCGCGAGGUCAAGAAAGAUCUGAAAAAUAACUUUUUAGGCCUGGUGCAAUGUAUCCUGAACACUCCAGAAUUUUUUGCUGACAAGUUAUCCCAUAUGCAGGGAAGUUUGAAGAAGGAUGUUUUGACAAGGAUCAUGGUGUCUCGCUCAGAAAUUGACCUGCUCUACAUCAGGAAAGAGUUUAAGAAGAAGACUGGAAAAUCCCUGCAGCAAUUUAUAAUUGCUUCUACGAAAGGCGACUACCAACGCGUUCUACUGGCUCUGUGUAGAGGUGAUGAUUAAAAGCGCCUUCACAGACAGGAAUUCCAAUUCUGUUCCUGCUUUUAACUCAAAGAAUUGCUGCAAAAAGCUGUGAGGGGACCAUGUCACAUUAAACCACUUAAACCUUCCUCACUCUGUCUGUGUAAAAGUCAAGUAUUAAAAUAGUAAACUGUAACAAGUUUGUGCUUGAAAAGUUCUCAACCAUAAAUCAGUCAAUCUUUGAAAAGCUGCCAAUAGAUUACCUGCUGUUAACUGGAAAUAAUGCUUUGAGUUUGAGUUACAUCUGUACCCAGAACCACUGCAUGCUGUUUUGAGGUUUGAGAUCAAAUAGAUCCAAAUUUUGAAGCAGCACAGUUUGUUCACCCAUAACUCAAAGCAGGAGACUUGCAGGAUGAAAUGUUAUCAGGCACACAUGUAAGGUGUUGUGUGUAUGCAGUACUUAGUCUGGAAAUGCAUUUGCUUUCAAGCCACCGUGUCUUUUUAUACAAAAUAAAGAAAUUGGAUUAUUAACGUAA